AUGCAGUCUGCAGCCCAACCAGCAGAAGCUGGCCGGCACGCCCUACGCGGAGCGUCGGUGCUGAUACUGCUGCAAGUCGCGUCACGAGCCAUCACCUUUGUGGCGAACCAACUGCUGCUGCGCUUCCUCACUGCACCAUUGCUUGGCGUGUCAACGCAGCUUGAAGUCUACUACUUGUCGGUCAUAUUCUUUGCCCGGGAAAGCCUGCGUGUCGCUAUUCAGCGUCAGAACUCAUUCGCUCAGAAUGGUUGUGAGCAAGAAAAAUCUACGAGCAACUCGACGGGAGCCCAAGCGGUAGUCAACCUCGGCUAUCUGUCUUUCGCCUUGGGUAUCCCUCUUGCCGUCAUCCUAGGGUCACUUUAUUUGCAAUCACUCAGCGCGACAACGUUGCAAUCAGCACCAAACCUUGUGGUGUCCCUCUACAUCUACGGCUUCGCUGCCGUCCUCGAGCUUGCAUCGGAACCUGCCUUUGUGGUCAUGCAGACUCGCCUACAAUUUGGCACCAGAGCAACAGCUGAAUCCUUUGCCACCUUCAUCCGUUGUCUAGUUACUCUAGCCUCAGCGGCAUGGGGUGCCGGUCGGGGACUGGGUGUCCUGCCAUUUGCCCUUGGCCAGUUAAGCUACGGCUUUGGCCUUCUGGUCGUUUACUCCUGGCGUGCUAACUCGCUCGCAAAGUCCGAGGGUUUCUCCCUUCUUCCGAGACGUAUUCCUCAAGUAUCCAGCAACGAUAAGCCGACAGAAAGCAAGCCGGAGAUAGGCCAAUCAGAUGCACCCCCAUCUCCUUUUGUGCUGUCGUGCUUCUAUCGACCGACCUUGCAGCUUGCUUCAAGCAUGAUGGCCCAGAGUGUAGUCAAACACAUCCUAACCCAAGGCGACAUGUUCUUGGUAAGCAUCUUUUCCACUCCCACAGCUCAAGGCGUGUAUGCCCUUGCAAACAAUUAUGGCGGUCUGCUCGCUCGUCUUGUCUUCCAGCCAAUCGAGGAAAGCAGUCGCAGUUACUUUAGUCGGAUGCUGUCCCCUUUGACAGCUUCCGUGACAUUAUCUUCGCAGAAAGAAAGUGCAGAUCAACUGAAGGGAAGAACGAGUGAUGAUCGGCAUCACAAAGCGGCUUCCCACUUGCAGUCUCUCCUCAAGUUCUACCUGCUCCUCUCUCUUGUCAUUACUACCCUGGGCCCAGCAGCUGCGCCUUCAAUCCUUGCGCUUAUCACCGGCCCGCGCUGGGCAGGCUCUGGCGCAGGCGAUUGUCUAGCAGCGUACAUGUGGUACAUUCCAUUUCUGGGUGUCAACGGAGUGGUUGAGGCCUUUGUCGCAUCCGUCGCAACUGAACGAGAGGUGCAUCAGCAAUCUGCAUGGAUGGGCGUGUUUUCGGCGGUCUUCGCCAUUGUUGGGGGUCUGUCAGAACGAAAGUAUCUAUACACCGCGAUUAAGGCCUUUCACGGAGGCCAGCUGUACCGCUCAUAG